UCAUAUAAUCGGACGCGGUGUUGCGCGCAGGGUAGCGCUGGAUCGAAGACGCGUCAGGAGAUACGAAACGUGUGGUCAUCCAACAUGAAUCCCGCCGAGAUCGCCGGAACGGUCUUCAUUAAAAACGAAGCAAGGUCGGACGAUCAGUUUGCGGCGGCGUACCUGAAGCACGGCAUCACCCAUGGCAUCACCUACCAGGUGAAAGUCCUCACCUGGGUGGCUUGGAAGCUGCUGUGCAGCAGCGACUUCGACUCGAGGAACUGGUACUUGGGGACGGAAGUACGCAACGCUCGCGGAUUCCACGACUUGGUGUUGAAAUACGAUAUAGGUGGCCGACGCGUAUACCGUUUCGUGCAAAUAAAGCACAAGCUCUGCUUGAGCAAUCGCGCGAGGAUUACCCUGGGCUCGCUGAACUCUAAGCAGAAGAAGAAUCAGUACAGUCUGAUCUACUUGUUCAGGUCUUACCUGAACAUGCUGGGCAAUUUCGAGAAGAUAAUGAUGGACCAGAUCGUGGACAUGACGGUGUUCACGAACGUGGACAUCGACUCCAUCAAGUUCCUCGUACCCAUCGAGAACGACCCGAUCCUCGGCUUCGAGGGGAAGGGUAAACGGUAUCGCAUCGACCUCCCGAUGUUGGAGCAGAAUCCGGACGUGCUCAAGCGGCUACAGCAGGUCGUGCAGAAUGACAUGGUUAUAUACGACUUCCUGAGGAAGCUGGUGUUCGCGAUCGGCCAGCCGUCCGAGUCCGAACUGGAGGAGCGGAUCGUCAAGGACAUGGGCACGGUGUUCAGCGUGCCGCAAGUCUUCUACAACGAUCUGCUGAAGAGCAUGCUCACCUGGUUCCUCAUCUACAACGCCGGCACGGCGCCGUAUCUCACCAAGGAGCGCAUGAUGCGCUUCCUGCUCGGCGCCCAGGACACGCUGUUGCGCGCGAAGGAGUCGGGGAUGCACGUGCCGGGCUCCCCCUUGCUGGAGGAAUUGUCGCAGCAAUUGUCGGAACAAUUGUCGCAGUUGCGCAUAUAACUUUUUAAUAUUUCUCCUACUUUUCCCCUUCUCUUCGGAUGUCACGUUUUGUAUGUUAUAAUCGUCGGCUUCUUUUUUUUACCUUUCUUUUUUUUACCUUUUGCGUACGUGUGACCAGAGAGCAUAGGGAAUACAUUUCUUCUUUUUUUUUUUUGUUUUUACAAUAUUGGCCCUUUUUGUAUGUACUUUUUUAGUCUCUUUUCGCGACCUUUUUGUUUAGCACGCGGUAUGUACGAGAGCGAUUUAGGACGGUAUCCGUAGUCCGAUCUUACAUUCAAGAUCGUCUUUAGAUGUUACGAAAUCAACGAAACCGACCCUCACGCGUCGUAUACAUUAGUCGGUAAGAGUGUAGCUCUAAGUGAGAGUAAGAAUUUGGCCAAUUAUAAUUUUUCUAUUUUCCUCGUAUUUGACUGUGAUUAUCCAUUUCUUACUCUUAUUUCUUACAAACGUGCUUCUAUUGUCUAGGCGACGCUUUGCAGUAUCUGAAGAUGAACUUUUUUUAAUUUAA